AUGGCGGCGCGCGCUCAGAGCCAAACCAAAACAGAGCAGGAGAGAGCGAGGAGGUUUAAGGCUUAAAAAUGCGGUUUUACAUCAAAUAUUUACUCCACAGUUCCAUUUAACAAGAGAAAUAAUUAAAUGUUAAGUUUCGAAUCCGUUUAUGUCGGUUGUAGUCGAUAUGUUUCGCUUUUAGACCCGGGGAAAAGUGUUCAGAUGAAAUUGAAAGUUUCUAGUUUGUGUUUUGGAGUGAAUUUAUUGUCAAAACGCGAGUUAAAUUAUUCUAAAUCUUGCUCCUCAUGAACAGGGAUGAUCUCAGCCUUUCUCUUAUGAGUGACCUGCUACAAUCGUCCAACCCACACGAUGGAGAGCGGAGUCUCAUUACACCUGCCACUUCUUCUGCUUUCUCCUCCGCUCCUGCCUCCAAACCUCCAUCCCAUAAUGCGUUCGUCUUCACCCUGUCAUUCUUCUCUGCUCUCGGGGGGUUUCUCUUUGGUUAUGACACUGGUGUUGUAAGCGGGGCCAUGCUUUUGCUCAAACAGGAGUUGAACCUCAGCGCCUUGUGGCAGGAGUUGUUGGUGUCGAGUACGGUGGGCGCGGCGGCCAUUUCGGCUCUCCUUGGGGGGGCUAUGAAUGGGAGGAUGGGCCGGAAGCGAUGCAUUCUUUUGGCCAGUUUCAUCUUCAGCAUUGGAGGGUUUGUGCUGAGUCUCGCACAUGACAAAGAGGUGCUGCUUCUGGGAAGGAUCACUGUUGGGCUGGGCAUUGGUGUGGCCUCUAUGACAGUCCCUGUGUACAUCGCUGAAGUGUCUCCUCCACUCCUCCGGGGGCAGCUUGUUACCAUCAACACACUCUUCAUCACCGGGGGGCAGUUUGUCGCCUCUGUCAUUGAUGGCGCAUUUAGCUACGUCCACGAUGGGUGGAGAUACAUGUUGGGUUUGUCUGUGGUCCCGGCUCUGCUUCAGUUUGGGGGUUUCCUGUUUUUACCCGAGAGUCCAAGAUGGCUUAUGCAAAAGGGGCGGAGUCCAGAGGCAUUCCAAGUUCUCACAAGGAUCAGAGGAGGAGACAACGUAGAGGAAGAGUUUGAGUCUAUCCGGACCAGCAUAGAGGAGGAGCAGAGAGGGACAGGAGAAGGGGGAGCAGUGUUCUUGAGAAUCCUGCGUCACGCUCCGACUCGACGAGCUCUGAUCGUGGGCUGUGGACUCCAGAUGUUUCAGCAGCUGUGCGGCAUCAACACCGUCAUGUACUACAGCGCCACCAUCCUACAGAUGUCGGGAGUGCGAGAUGUCCAAACAGCGAUCUGGCUCUCUGCGAUGACAUCAGCCACUAACUUCCUGUUUACGCUGGUGGGUGUGUGGCUUGUGGAGCGCGUUGGGAGGCGGAGACUCACCAUUGCCAGUCUCAUCGGCACUUGUGUGAGUCUGCUGGUUCUGGCCUCAGGGUUCCUCCUCUCGGCUCAGAGCUCUCCUCCUGUCACUCUGCACAUCAACGAUACCUCCACCGUCUGCAGCAAGUACAGUUUGUGUGAAGGCUGUAUGUUGGACCCAGGCUGUGGAUUCUGUUACAAAGAAAACCAGACCUCAGUGAUGGACUCAACCUGUGUCUCUGUGAAUCAGGAUUCCACUGACCAUGCAGCGCAGGGACGUUGUGUGAACAGGACCCUGGACCCUGGUCUGGUCUGGGCUUAUAACUUCUGUCCCUCGUCCUUCUCCGGGAUCAUCAUAGUGGGACUCGUGUCGUACCUCGCGGCCUUUGCUCCAGGUAUGGGUCCGAUGCCAUGGACCAUAAACUCAGAGAUUUUCCCUCUGUGGGCGAGGAGCACGGGGAACGCCUGCUCUGCUGGAGUCAACUGGACCUUCAACGUGCUGGUGUCCCUCAGCUUCCUGCAUGUGGCCCAGUACCUCACAUACUAUGGAGCGUUCUUCCUGUAUGCGGGGCUGGUAGUCCUGGCUCUGGUCUUCGUCCUGGUUUGUCUUCCUGAGACUCGUGGUCUUCAGCUGGAGGACAUCGAGCAGUUGUUUUCGUCUCCUCUCGUCUUGUGUCCCUGCUCCUCCUCCUCUCUAGGCUCUGAGGUCCAGUACACGCGGAUAAAUGGAGUGGACCGGGACCAGUGCGGGUCUAUUCCAGACUCUGGCCCAGACUCUGGCCCAGACUCUGGCCCAGACUCUGGCCCAGACUCUGGCCCAGACUCUGGCCCAGACUCUGGCCCAGACUCUGGCCCAGACUCUGGCCCAGACUCUGGUCCAGAUCUGGUCUAGGACUCUCCAGAGAGCUUUGGGAUCUGUAAUAGUUCAAUCAGUUUGCUUCUGUUGGUUUUGGGAGCAGUUUGCGUUGGGUCUGGUUUGUCUUCAUGUAGCUCCACUGCCCUGCACAGCAUCAGCCCUGUAGAGACAAAACACAUCCAGUGAGUGUCAGCAUCCUCAGCCAUAGUGCAGUGGGCAUCACUCUAGUGGAAUGAGUGUUAUUGUAUUCUACAGAGAUGAUGGGUUCACAACAUAGAGCAGGGGUUUCCAGCCUUGGGUUCCGAAAGAUCCACAGUGGGUCCUCGAGGGUCACUGCUAUUUGAAAACAUCUUUAUUCACCUGAAAAAUAGAGUUAUCCUUAAACCUACCAUCUGUAAGUUUUAUUUGUUUUUUUUUUCACCAGUAGAUUUCAUCUGGCCCCUCCCCUCACCCGUGUGCUCCCCUAUCCUCACCUGGCUGCUCCCCCCUCACCUUGCCCCUACGCCUUACCCGACCCCUCACCUAGCCCCUCCC